UUCCGUUUUCGAUUCUAGCAACUUUCGCACUUGUUUGAUUGUUUUAUUCGUAUAAAGUGAAGAUUUUUGUGUACGAAAGUUGGUUUUUUGAUGCGGGUAUUCCUCCUUUUUUUCGUUUUAGUAGUAACUUUUGUGAUGUAAAUACAAUGAUACUUUUUGUUCUUUACCUUCCAGGGUGAAUAAGAUUUCAAUCCCAUGAACCUCUUCAUGGAAUAGGCCGGAAAUUAGUUCGUUUGCUGCGAAUUUCGUGAGGUUUAGUGAUAGUUCAAUCCGCGGUUAGAUUAUGGGGGGAAUUUGCUCAAGAAAGCGAGACCAACCGGUCAUUGAAGAUGAAGUUCGCAGCGUCGUGGCUGGAAGAUAUGGUAAGAGUAGCAGUUCAAAAUGGCUGAGGAAUUCAUCUUUUCGACCCGCUGUACAGCUGCCUCCAGGAGGAGCAGGGACUUGCCCAUCUCUCUUGGAAUUGUGCAUUCGUAAAAUAUGCCAGGACAUUGACAAAUAUAACUCGUUUUCGAUGCUGCCAAGGGAUCUUAGUCAACAGAUAUUCAAUGAAUUGGUCUGUUCCAAUUCUCUUACUGAUGUUUCUCUUGAAGCUUUUAGAGAUUGCGCCCUCGAGGAUAUUGGUUUGGGGGAAUACCCUGAUGUGAAAGAUAGUUGGAUGAGUGUCAUCUCUUCACAAGGUUCAUAUUUACUUUCCGUUGAUCUUUCCGGUUCAGAGGUGACAGAUUCUGGGUUGGCUCUUCUGAAAGGCUGCUCGAACCUCCGAGCAUUAACUUAUAAUUACUGUGACCAUGUCUCUGAACAGGGACUUAAAUUCAUAAGUGGUCUUUCAAACUUGACAUCCUUAAGUUUUAAACGGAGCGAUGCAAUAGGUGCUGAAGGGAUGAGUGCUUUCUCUGACUUACUUAACUUGGAAAAGUUGGACCUGGAGAGGUGUUCAGAUAUUCAUGGUGGAUUUGUUCAUCUUAAAGGUUUGAAGAAGCUAAAGUCUCUUAAUGUAAGAUGUUGUAGAAGCAUCACAGAUUCAGAUUUGAAGGCAAUCUCAGGGCUUACUGACCUGAAUGAGUUGCAGCUAUCCAACUGUAACAUUACUGAUUUAGGCAUUUCUUAUUUGAAAGGCUUGCACAAGCUUAGAAUGCUGAAUUUAGAGGGAUGCAAUGUUACAGCCUCAUGUCUGCAGUCGAUUUCAGCUCUUGUUGCCCUGGCAUACUUAAAUCUCAACAGAUGCGAACUAUCUGAUGAAGGAUGCGAUAAGUUUUCGGGACUUAAAAACUUGAAGGUUUUGAGCUUGGGAUUCAACAAUAUUACAGAUGCAUGUUUGAUGCAUCUAAAAGGUCUAACAAAAUUGGUGAGCUUGAACCUGGAUUCCUGUAAGAUAGGUGACGAGGGGCUUGCUAAUUUGGAAGGGCUGUCAAUCUUGAAGAACUUGGAGCUAUCUGAUACUGAAGUUGGAAGCAACGGGCUUCGUCAUCUCUCAGGUUUGAAAAAUCUCGAAAAAUUGAACUUGUCGUUCACUCCAGUAACUGACAGUGGCUUGAAAAUAAUAUCUGGAUUGACAUCUCUCAAAUCGCUUAAUCUGGAUUCUCGCCAUAUUACUGAUGAUGGACUUGCAUUUAUUACAAGUCUUACGGGAUUGACACAUCUGGACCUUUUUGGCGCUCACAUUUCAGAUUCUGGAGCAAGCUGUUUAAAAUACUUCAAGAACCUUCAAUCUCUUGAAAUAUGCGGUGGAGGAUUGACUGAUGCUGGUGUGAAGAAUAUCAAAGAUCUCACCCGUCUUACAUGGCUAAAUUUAUCACAGAACUGCAACCACGAUAACUCUUUGGAGUUGAUUUCUGGAUUGACUGCAUUGGUGUCACUGAACGUUUCAAAUUCUCGCAUUUCCAACAACGGAUUGCGGCACUUGAAGCCUUUGAAGAAUUUACGUGCGCUAAACUUGGAAUCGUGCAAGGUGACUGCAUCCGAGAUCAGGAAGCUUCAGUCUGAUGCCCUGCCUAAUCUCGUCAGCUUCCGGCCGGAAUAGAUCCGAAGCUGUGUAGGAUACUGUAUGUAAAUCGCCUGCUAUCUGCUCUUGGAUGGCUGUGCGUACAGGUUAAUAACCCCAAAUGGAUUAAGAUAAAUAACAACAAAGCCUAAUCCCAUUAAGUGAGGUCGGCUGUAUGAGUCAUAAAACUAGCUCGGUUUUCCGCCAAGUCUUUUGUAAUGUCUAAGAUUUUAUGUAUUUUGUCCGUCACUCUAAGAGGUGCCGAAAUUGGGGAUGGAAAAAUAUUUGGCGCAAUGUGAAUGCCAAACAAAUGGCUGAGUUGAUCUUUGAUCUUGAA